AUGAAUACAGACAACUCUGUUGCUGACCCAAACGUCGCAACUGAACACAUCAACGAUGAACCUUUGAACGAUUCCGCUUCUGGUUCCCAUUCCGUCUUGGAAGCUCAAUCCAACAAGGAUGAUGAUGAAGAAAUUAAGAACUACGGUGAAGAUGGAGAAAUUGCUCCAGCUGAAAUGCCAAAGAAGCCAGCUUCUGCUUACGUUACAGUCUCCAUUUUAUGUUUAAUGAUCGCCUUCGGUGGUUACGUUUACGGUUGGGAUACUGGUACCAUUUCUGGUUUCGUUGCCCAAACUGAUUAUGUGAGAAGAUAUGGUCAAAAGAAAAAGGAUGGUACUUACUACUUAUCCAAGGUUAGAACUGGUUUGUUACUUGCUAUUUUCAACAUUGGUUGUGCUAUCGGUGGUUUAUUAUGGUCCAGACUUGGUGAUAUGUGGGGUCGUAGAAAGGCUUUAGUUUUCGUCACCACUGUUUACAUGAUUGGUUUGAUUAUUUCCAUUGCCGCCGUUAAGCACUGGUAUCAAUAUUUCAUUGGUAGAAUUAUCUCCGGUCUAGGUGUCGGUGGUAUUGCUGUCUACUCUCCAUUAUUGAUUUCUGAAGUUGCUCCAAAGCAUGUUAGAGGUACUUUAGUCUCCUGUUACCAAUUGAUGAUUACCUUGGGUAUUUUCUUAGGUUACUGUACUAAUUUCGGUACCAGAAACUACUCCAACUCUGUUCAAUGGAGAGUUCCAUUAGGUCUAGGUUUCGCUUGGGCUUUGUUUAUGAUUGCUGCUAUGUUCUUCGUCCCAGAAUCUCCACGUUACUUAAUCGAAGUUGGUCAAAUGGAAGAAGCUAAGCGUUCUGUUGCUCAAUCUAACAGAUUGACUGUUGAUGACCCAUCUGUUAUUGCUGAAGUUGAAUUCUUAACUGCAGGUGUUGAAGCUGAAAGAGAAGCUGGUUCCGCCUCAUGGAUGGAAUUAUUCCAAACUAAGGGUAAGAUUUUACACAGAGUUAUCAUGGGUAUUAUGAUUCAAACAUUGCAACAAUUGACUGGUGCAAACUAUUUCUUCUUUUACGGUACUUUAAUUUUCGCUUCCAUUGGUAUGAAUGAUGGUUUCAAGGCUUCCGUUGUCAUUGGUAUUGUCAAUUUUGCUUCCACUUUCCCAGCUAUUUACAUUGUCGAUAGAUUUGGCCGUCGUACCUGUUUAUUAUUUGGUGCCGCUGGUAUGAUUUGUUGUAUGGUUGUCUUUGCUUCUGUUGGUGUCACAAGAUUACAUCCAGAUGGUGAUCAAAAUGGUGUAGCUUCAAAAGGUGCUGGUAACUGUAUGAUUUGUUUCACCUGUUUCUUCAUUUUCUGUUUCGCUAAUACCUGGGCUCCAUGUGCCUACGUUAUUGUCUCUGAAUCUUUCCCAUUGAGAAUUAAGGCUAAGGGAAUGGCUCUUGCUACUGCUGCUAACUGGAUGUGGAAUUUCUUAUUAGGUUUCUUCACUCCAUUUAUUACUGGUGCUAUUAACUUUUACUAUGGUUACGUCUUCAUGGGUUGUUUGUGUUUCUCCUGGUGUUACGUUUUCUUCUUCAUUCCAGAAACCAAGGGUUUAAGUUUGGAAGAAGUCAACACCAUGUGGGAAGAAGGUGUUUUACCAUGGAAGUCUUCAGAAUGGGUUCCUCCAUCUAGAAGAGGUGCUGAUUAUGAUGCUGCUGCCAUGGCUACUGAUGAUAAGCCAUUAUUCAAGAGAAUGUUAGGUAAAUAA